AUGUGGAGCUCGGACGAGGACGGCGUGCUGCGGGAGCAGGUGCGCCUGCACGGCCCGCAGAACUGGGACACCAUCUGCGUGGCGCUGCCCGGUCGGAACGCCAAGUCGUGCCGCCUCCGCUGGUGCCAGCACCUCGACCCCCGGGUGGACGUCGUCAAGCCCUUCACCCCCGAGGAGGACAAGCUCAUCGUCAAGUACCAGGCCGCCUACGGCAACCGCUGGUCCACCAUCGCCGAGUUCCUCUCCGGCCGCACCGACAACGCCAUCAAGAACCGCUGGAACUCCGUCCUCCGCAAGCACCACGGCCACGCCUCCGCCUCCGCCUCCGCCUCCGCGGCCGACCAGGGGCCUCCGCGCCAGUACUGGGCUCCUUCCGCCUCCCGCCACGUUGCAGGCCCCGAGUUGACGCCGGGCUGCCUCCCGCUGUUUCCUCUGGAGAAGGGCGAUGUCAGGAUGGACAGAAGAAACCCUCCGCUGCCUCAUCACGCGUCCGAGGACGAGGACAUGUCUGAUGCCGAGACAUCUUCGGCCGCGUCUGUGGAGUGCCUGCAGCUGUUCCCUCUGGCGCCCGGGGAUGAUAGGGCUAACGCGGGCGCGGCGGCGUCGAGUGGCAUGUCCUGCGGAGCAGACGACCCGCUCACCCAGCUCAGGCUCGCGCCGGCGGCGAGUUUGGUGUUCGACGUUAUGCCGCUGCGGUCGGUACGGAUGUAG